AUGCCGAUGCGCACCACCGCGCUGAUCACCCUCCUCUCGGGGGCUGCCAUGGCCGCCUCAAAGCACACCAUCAAAGGCGGAAUCGGCGGCAAAGACCCAGUCUACGACGGCGUCAUCUACGCACCGCCCGUCACCGCUACUGUCACCGAAACAACCACAGCAUACGACACCAUUACCUCCUACAAAACCACUGUCACAGCCCAUCACACGGAUUAUGAGCUUGCUCCCCCCGUCACUGCGACCGUCACAGAGUUUUUCGCCGAGCUGUAUGACCAGUCUUACGACAACGGCUACGAGCUCGGUGAUAUCAUCGUCGCACCUACCGUGAUCACCGAGACGAAAACCUUUACGGUCGUCGCUCGAGCACAUGAUGAGGAAAAGACCAGAAUGACCGAGCUCGUCCAAAAAUGGAGCAUUAAGGAGGGGAGUCAUUAUAAGACUACCGUUACCGAGUACACGUCUACCGCCUGGGCUCAGGAGCAUAUCACGAGCACUAUCUGGGUCGACUCGCCUAAGCCGACUGAGGGGUUCGGUCAAGAGCCCGCUGAGGGGUUUAAGGCAAACCCGACCAAGAUUCCCGGACUUGAGGGUGGCUACGGAGGCCUCAAGCCUGAGAAGACCGGCUCCAAGUUCCACGGGAUCGACAUUCACAACGAUGACGAGCCUGAAGGCGAGGAUUUCAAGGGGUCCGAUGAAUCUAAUGAGUCCGAUGAGUUCGAGGAGUCUGACGAGUUCGAUGAGUCUGAGAAAUUCAAGCAGUUCGAGGAUUUCGAAAACUUCGAAGACUUCAUGACCUUUGAGGAGGAGGCUUGGAAGGUUGAGCAGCAGGCUGCUAAAAAUGCCGCUAUAGAGGCAGCCAAGAAGGCCUCCGAGGAAGCCGACAAGGAGAAGAAGCCACAAGAGGGGCAGCAGGACAGCUCCCAGCAACCAUCUGCUCCGCAGGUUCACAAGCCAUCGCGUCCUCAUGGGCCGACUCCCACCCAUCGCCCCAGCCCGUUACACAGGCCUAGUGCCUCCAAGCCUGCGGCCUCCCCUAAGCCUUCUACUUUCGGAACUUCAGCCAAGCCUGCUUCAGGGCAGACCUCUACGGCUUCAAAGGCUCCCGUAGCCCAACCUUCCGUCUCUGCUGGAAAGUGGCAAGGCAAGCUUCUCAACACUACUGACGGUACCUGUGGUCCCAAGGAGGGACAAAUCGCCUGGUCAUGCUACGGAAAUGAGAGGGGCUCUUGUUGCAGCCCUUACGGCCACUGUGGAAGCGAGCCUGGCCACUGCGGCGAGGGCUGCCAGUCUGCCUUUGGCACUUGCGGCAAGUCCGCCAGCAAGCCCGCCGCUCAAUCUUCCGACAAAGUUGGCAAGCCUCCUCACCGUACCAUUACCAAGCGAGCUGUGCCCAAGAACGAGACCGAGCUUGAGAACAAGGAAGACAGAUUCCUCGUCCCGGUACUCUUCUAA